AUGCCAGAACAAAUAGCGCCUGUGCUGGUAACUGGUGCCGCAGGCCAAGUUGGAGGAGUGGCAGGCCGUGUUGUCGAACUACUGAGAUCCUCCGGUAUACCCGUUCGUGCGCUGGUUCGUCGUCAUGACGAACGGGUUGCGCGACUUCAGAAACUCGGAGCUGAAAUCGUGGUCGCUGAUCUCACAAAAUCGGAAGAGAUAUUUCCGGCUGUCCAGGGGUGUGAAUAUGUUUUUUUCUGCAUGGGUGUGUCUUCCCAGUACCUCGAGGCAUCCACGGUAAUGGCCGCGGCCGCGCGCGCCAGCUCUGGGGUUAGACUACUGGUCAACAUGUCCCAGAUGACCGUCUCCGAGAUGGACCUUAUGCAUGUCACUGAAUCUCCUCAACACAGACUGCAGUGGCUGAGUGAACAGGUGCUCAAUUGGUCAGGAGUGCCCGCGACUCAUCUACGACCCACAGCUUUUCAAGAAAAUCCCCUUUUCUGGGCAUUUGCGGCCCGGUCUAUUGAGAAGUCUGGAGCAAUUCGUCUGCCUUUCGGGAAGAGCCGCGUGUCUCCAGUAUCAGCCAACGAUGUGGCGGAAGUAGCCGUUAAAGUGUUACUCGAACCGCUUGCAUAUGUCGGGCGAACCUUGGAGAUCACUGGCCCCCGCUCCGUUGAUAUGUACAGCCUUGCAGAGGAGUAUUCUGCUGCUUUAGGAUGCUCCGUUCACUACGUGGACAUCCCAUUUGAGAGCUGGGAAGAGGAAACGCUCGAGAAGAGCCAGAUUCCGGAACAUAUACAUCGGCACAUUCAGACUAUGGCAAAGCUUCAUGCUGCAGGGCGCUAUGAUCGACAUACAGACACUGUUGACCAAAUUCUUGGUCGGCCGGCUGCGAGCUUAGCGGAAACAAUCAAGAAUGGUCGCGGUCGUUUCCCCUUCCUUCCAAAUCUCCAUUGA